UCGUCAGAUGAAGAAUGGACCUUAUGCAACCUCUUUGUCCACGAAUUCUUCUUUCUUCUCACCCGCACUUUUAACUUACUCACACAAGGUCCUGAAAUCUCUCCAAAAAAUACAGACCGCAAUAAUGACGGCACUACCUGCCGGAUCGCUCGCGCGCCAGCUUGCGAAAGCACCCGCCUUGCGUCCACGACCCCUCUUCUCGAUGCUCAACACCCACCAACGCCGCUUCGAGCACUCGACACCCCGCGCGCCAUAUAGUAGGACAGAGAAUGUCGGAAAGCAGAACUUUGGCCAAUUUGAUGUUGGUGGCAAGGUUUUCGUUGUGACAGGCGGCGCACGCGGACUUGGCUUGUGUAUGGCUGAGGGUCUGGUCGAAGCUGGCGGAAAGGUUCACUGUUUCGACCGGCUUCCGAAACCCGACAAUGCCUUCAAAGAAGCCAAAUCGCGCAUCUGUCCCGAGUUCGGUGGCUCGUUGGAGUAUCACCAGGUCGAUGUCACUCAUGACGAACAGCUGGAGGAGAUUAUCGCCAGCAUCGCGGACCAGAACCAGCGUCUAGAUGGUUUGAUUGCCGCUGCCGGCAUGCAGCAAUGCACUUCGGCGCUAGAUUACCCCUCGACCGAUAUCGCAAGAAUGUUGGCAACUAACUACACUGGUGUCUUCCUCUCUGCACGCGCCUGCGCACGACAGAUGUACAAGUACAAGAUCCAAGGGUCCAUGUGCUUGGUUGCUUCUAUGAGCGGCACGAUUGCUAAUAGAGGCUUCAUCGCUCCCGUCUACAACUCUUCUAAGGCGGCCGUGGUGCAGCUUACACGAAAUCUAGCCAUGGAGUGGGGACGUAUCAACGAAGAUGGAUCUGGUGGCAUUCGCGUCAAUUCGUUGAGCCCGGGCCAUAUAGUGACGCCAAUGGUCGAGGAGAACUUCCGUAGAGGCGAGGCGGAUCGAGAGGAAUGGGAAAACAACAGCAUGCUAGGUAGGCUCAGCACUCCCGAGGAAUACAAGGCCGUCGGACUGUUCCUCUUGAGCCGCGCUAGCAGCUAUAUGACCGGACACGACUUGAAGGUUGAUGGAGGGACGACAGCGUGGUAA